CACUGCGCAGCAGCGUGUCCAGCCCACAUCAGUUACUGGGAAUCCGCUGACAGAGCACAACCAGUUGUAUGCGCGGAUCAGCAGGUGCUGUCUUUGGACCUGGAUGGAAGUCACGGUUGCAUCCACGGCGAUCUGAGGGGACAUUCUUACAGCACGGACUCUUAAUUCCAGGAUGAGCUGUCAUUUAUGACAUGCUCACCACGGCGUUCGAUAAUAACAGAUAAACUCCACCUGGCGUCUGGACUCUUCUUGCAGCAAUGACUCCAUAUGUAUCCGGAGGGACCGUGUUCACCAUCCUGCUCAUCUGCAGGUUGUUAGAGAGCUCGAUGCUCAACGCAGAAAUGAAGGAAGGAGAGAUUCUGCCUCCCACCAUUCAUAAGCUGAUGAAAGGAUACAACAAGUACCUCAGGCCCUUCUUUGACAAUGGUCCUGUAACAGUGGGUAUGAGCCUGGACAUCGCCAGCAUUGACACUAUCUCAGAGAUCAACAUGGACUAUACCGCCACCAUCUUUCUCCGCCAGCGCUGGACCGACGAGCGCUUGGUGUUUGAAGGCAACAAGAGCCUGAGCCUGGACGGGCGGCUGGUGGAGCUCCUCUGGGUCCCUGACACCUUCAUCGUGGACUCCAAGAAGUCCUUCCUCCAUGACAUCACCGUGGAGAACAGGCUGAUACGCAUCUUCCCCAACGGGACCGUCCUUUACGCUCUGAGGAUCACCACCACCGUGGCCUGCAACAUGGAUCUGACCAAGUAUCCCAUGGACAAACAGACCUGCACACUACAACUGGAGAGCUGGGGUUACAACAUCAAUGAUAUCAUGUUCUACUGGACCAGAGGAAACGAGUCUGUCAGCGGAUUGGACACCCUACAGCUGGCCCAGUACACCGUAGAGGAUCACUACACUUCUGUCUCAGAGGCCGUCUAUGAAACUGGCAACUACCCGAGGCUGGUGUUCCACUUUGAGCUGAAGAGAAGCAUUCUGUACUUCAUCCUGGAGACCUACGUCCCCUCCAGCCUGCUUGUUGUCCUCUCAUGGGUUUCCUUCUGGAUCUCCCUGUCCUCUGUUCCAGCACGCAUUUGUAUAGGUGUGACCACGGUCCUGACCAUGACCACUCUGAUGAUGGGAGCCCGGACGUCACUGCCCAAUGCCAACUGCUUCAUCAAGGCCAUCGAUGUUUACCUGGGAAUCUGCUUCAGCUUCAUCUUCGGAGCGCUCAUCGAGUACGCCGUGGCGCACUUCUGCAGCCUCAGUCACAUGGACUCACACAUCUUCAUGCAUUACGGCCACCACAUGCACGACCUGGACGACGAAAUGAACGGCAUCAUCACCACCAUCUCAAACCACAACAGGGCCAAGAGACGCAAGGAGGCUGCCGCGACUCAGACCCCGGCUCCCGCCUCCCUAGAACUCGUUGUUAGCCCGUCCAGCCCCUCGGGCAGCGAGCCGAAGCCCGAGGCGCCCCCCCCAGAGCCCACCCACUGGUGCCUCACUGCUCUGGCCACGGUCCGCAAAGUGCUGCGCUCCUUUACAUGCUGUACCGUGGAGAACCCCCACCACAUAGACAACUACUCCAGAGUCACCUUCCCCCUCUCUUUUGUCAUGGUUAACCUGCUCUACUGGACAUAUUAUCUGUACUUUUAGCAUCAGCUCGAGUGCAGCCCGUUUCCCAGAGAGAGUGUUUGUAAACUAUAAGUGUAUUUUACUGUAUGUAUAUGUACAGUAAGCGUUAUUUAGGUGUGUUUUGAGAUGAGUGUGUAUUAUUUCUGCAUUUGGAUUCAUGAGCGAAGUGGAAUUCUCGCACAGGUUUUCUGGGAAAUGCUUAUGAUUACAGCUCAAUUUUUAAAUAUUAAUGUGAACUCGGAUUGAGCCAUUGCUUUAAAUGUAAUGCGGCUGGUGUUGGUUAACAUAGGAUAAUGUAACACUGACAGGGUAAGAUGUAAUCAAUGCUGAUAUACGUUGAGAGGAAAAUUGCUUGCAAUGGAAAACAUGGCAGUCUACAUCUUUUUUUUCUGUAGUAUGAUUUAUUUUACGCAAAUCUCCGUGCAGGUAGUUACUGUCAGACAUGGAGAGGAUGGAGCUGUAAUCUAAGGCUGUAUGACAGAAUAUGCAGAGGAUGGAUUAAUUAUUUGUACAAUGUCAUCUUCCAUUUCUGCCUGCAGAUGUACCAUUUAGAUGGAAAUAGAUAAAUUAAUGGAUGAGAGAAGAGUGAUUAAAAAGAAAUACAAGCUAGAGAAAUAACUCAACAGACUGUUAGUUUAACCAGGCUCUCAAGGACGGACACUUCCAUUCGCUGUUGAAAUCUCUCUUUGUUCUUCGUACAUCUAAGAGUUAUUUUUAGUUCCCUAAGCAGUGCUAUCUCUCUCUGCCUGCAUUUAUUUGUUUCAUUGACACUAUAAAUGUAGUGGCCUUUGAUCCCUUCAGUUGUGUGAGCGUGAACAGUAUUAGUACACGUGUCCUCCCGAAUCUGUCCUGCAGUUUCACAAGGAAGGGAAUGAAACCACAAUAUGUUGAACAACAAAAUGCACGUAAUCAAUAUAUAACCAUAUUAAUUAAUAUAUUAGUAUGGUUCAUUUAUUUAACACAUUCUGAAAUAGUUUUUUAACUUCAACUAUAUAUCAUACCCUUUAUUUUAUUAUUUUUAUUUUUUAAAACCUACUUUUGUUAUAAUGACAUUUACACAAACAACACAUCUUUUCAUAUUUUUUUUUAACUCUAAGCCUCAGGCAAGAUUCACGUGUCAUCACAGAAUUUUGACAAGCUAGCGACUAGACAAAGCUUUAGACAAAACAAAGCUAAAGUAAUUGAUAUAACUGUGCAAAGAGUUGGAGAUGACCUAUCCUACUAUUUGGCUUGACAUGGCUAUAAUAUGUUACCUAUCAAGCUAGCUAGCUAGCUAGGAAAAUGUUGUUAGCUUGGCUUGUUUACUUUUUGAGGAGCCAGUGUUAGCUAGCUUGCUAAAUCAAGUUUACAUUUGUUUUUAUUUAUAAUUUUUACAAUUGAGAGAACCCCUUGCAACCUUAUUUCACAAACAAUAUGGGGAAGCGAAAAAACAUGUAGCAUUGUUUGUUCAUGUAGCAUUACAUACAGUAGAACAACAAAAUGCCAAUUUCUUGACUUGCAAAUAGAUGUUAACAAAAAUUAACAAACAUCAUAUUAUGUAGGCUAUGUCAUGUAACCUUCAAAGGAGAUUAACAACUUAUUAGUCUCUCGGUUUUCUGUACAUAUAUUUUCGGGAAAGAAGGCCCUAUUAAUAAUGUAAAAUGUGUUAGUUUUUAAUUUUUUAAUUAAUGUUUGUUUAUUCAUAUGAUUGUGCAUAUCGUUAUGUUUUAUUUAACAAUUUACUCCUAACACUCUCCAUACCAAUUGGUCAGGUGUUAAAAUUGUGGAUAUAUACACCUCGAAAGACAGGUAGUGAUUCAUGUAGCAUGGUCUGCUGGUAGUGUUUCUCAGUGUGCUUUUGUAAAAUAUAAAGCAGUAGUCAGAACCUGAGGUGAUAGACUUUGUAGAAUGAUUUGAAUACGAAUGAAAUUGCCAAAAUAUUUCAAUACGAUGUCAUCAUCUGAGCAUUAUCCAAAUGGAGAACAGCCUGGAUAUGCUAUGCUUGAGGUAUCGGUUCUCUGCUCAGUUUUCUAUGCCGUCAUAUUUCACUGUGCGAGUUUUGAGUCUUUUAGUUCAGGCGAUACAGUAUGUUUGCAACAAAUGGCAUGAACCAAAGAGCCAAAGAUUACAAUCCAGAGGAUUAAUUACUCAUAACAUAAAAACACAUUUAAUCAAACUUUAUAACAGCUCCUCGGAGCAUCUUUGUUUCCCUUUAGUUCCUUACCUAGGAGAUCUUGAAGAGAAUUUUCAAAUGUUAAUCAUGUUCGUUAUUGAUAGGAUAACUUUGAAAUAGCAUGCAGUCAAUAAGCAGAUAAACAUGACACUUUACUUUCAGAUAGAAACAGGAUUCAGUUUAACAACAGAGAUGCAUGAUUAUGUAUUGAUGUAUUCAAUUAUUACUGUGACUGUGUGACAUACACUCACUCAUUCCAUUUCAAUUUUAACAACAUUCGAUAUGUAUUGAACAUAAUCUAAAUUGGUAAUAUCUAUUGACGUCAUUGUCAUGGUCUUUAAAAACGUUUAUAUGUUCCUCUUUAUCUGCAUUGCUUCAUCAACUACAAACAAUUUAACGGCUUUCCUUGCCUGAUGAAAAUAGAAAAGUGGAAUUUAUGUUUGUUCUUACUGCAUGGUUUUCAAGUGCAACUUUUUGUUUAUUCUGCUUUGCUGAAUUUCUUUUUAGUUACAUAUGAUGGAGAAGACUCAUCAUAAAAUACUCAGUUGAGGCUAUUGAGGGGACCAGAUCGGUAAUAAAGCCAAAGGUGGACACACAAGUGCAGGACGUUCAAACUCCUGUUCUCAUUUUUUGUUAUUUGAAUCUAAUAGAAAUGAUCAGUUGCACUGUUCAUUGCUUUUGAGCUGCUCUGUGGAAGUCAGUGAGCACUGACCCAUUAAAAAGGUUCAUGUAAGAAGACCAAGACGGUCAGGUUUUAUACAUCAUGCCUGCAGUUGUAGUUUUUAUAGCCAUCUUCUCAGUGAACGGUACAAGAAGUGAAUGCCAAUAUGGAGCCAAAGAAUCCUAAGAGCAACCACAUAGAACAUUGUGUUCACUCUGUGUUGAAGUCCAUACACAAAGCUCAAGAGAAGCAAUUGUCCGAUGGCUCCACGGUCGCUACUGUAUUAUCAGUGCUGCUUUGCUCGGACUGAUCAGCAUUAAGAUGGUAACAAAAACCUAAGGAAGAUGAGAGUACUUCAGAAUGUUAGCUAUGAAACGGAACAUUAUGGCAUAUGGGACUUUUUGAAACAGAAAAAUGGCUACCCUUGGACUGCCCUUACUUUCCUGUUGUGUUGAGUGUCUAAUUAGCGCCUCUAGGUGACGUUGGCUUCCAACCUCACAAUUCCUGGGAUAUCUUCAUGUGAAAUGUAUUUAUAUACUAUGCUAAUAUAGGCAUCGGUUUGCUUAACAUGUUGUAAAUAAAUAGUAACACUGUGCAUGUUUAUUCGAUGUAUGAAUAUGAAUGAUAGCAAUAAAAGAGGUUUAACGUG